UACUCUGAUGAUUGAAAAUUAAAACUGAUUUGAACUUCAACUUUGGGACAUUUUUAUUUAGUUUUGUUUCUGUUUAAAGUUUAAUUUUUCUAUCCGAGAAAAAAUCAAGACGGAGAUUUUGUUUAAACAACAAUCCGAUCCGAUCCGAUUUAGACGUUCGUAACGUUUGUAAUGUUAGAUACACCUGGUCAGAACUUCUUUUCCAUUCAACACUGACAGGCGAAGGCAACUACAAAAAGAAAAAAGAACACCUAGAAAGAAGGGGGUUUUGAAGAGUGAAAAGUUGUUUUUUAAAACAAAGGCAAAAAGGGAUUCAAGAAGGAGCAAGAAAAUCAAGAAGAAAUGGACACUUUAAAAGAAAUAAUCUAUCCGGAAAUUGAACCGGGUGUUAUAAGCAAGGAGAUGAUAGAAAAAUCAUAUUCAGAAGAGGGAUAUAAAGGUGAAGCAUUGAGACUGCAUCAAUUGGAACCAAUUCGAUAUGAGAAAAUUACGGUCUUGAGGUUAGAGUUUUUAAACAUUUUACGUAUUGAUCAUCUCUGGAUGAUGCCCAAUCUCACCAAACUCGGUCUAAACUGCAACAAAAUUGAAGUUAUCGAACAUAUUGGAAUGCUUACCUCAUUGAAAGAACUCAAUCUAUCCUUCAAUUACAUUGAGAAAAUUGAACAUUUGGACACUCUUAAGAAUCUCGAAGUCCUUAGUUUGUACAACAAUUUAAUCACUGAUAUUGAAGGCUUUGAUGCUUUGGAAAAUUUGGUAAUCUUCAGUUUAGGAAAUAACAAGAUUGAAUCAUUGAAGGGGUUAGAACGUAUGAGAUUUUUGAAAAAACUCAGUGUUUUCAACAUGGAAGGCAACCCUGUUUGUCGAACAUUGGGUUAUCCAUUGGUAACUUAUAUUGCUGCUCUAUUGCCAGAUGUCAAAUAUUAUGAAUAUGCUUAUAUUGAAGAUUCUGCAAGAGAAGCUGGAAAGCAAAAGUUUAUUCGUGAACUUCGGGAAAUCGAAGCAGCCGAAGAAGAAGAAAUUAGAAUUCGAAAUCACAAAGCCAAAGAACUCGAAGGUGAACUUCGAUUUUCUAGCAGCUUCGUUGAAUACCUGAACGAGCAUCAACUCUUCGAAUCUCUGUGGCAGAACGAUGAAGAUGGUCGAGUCUUAAUUCAAAUCGGUGGCGAUAGCAUCGAUGAUCUGAUGUCCGAAUAUCGAAGUGACUUCUUUGAUAUAACACAGGAAAUCUUCAACCUAGGACUUGUCAAAUUCGAAGAACGAAAAAAAGAAAUCGAUUUGUACAUGCAAAGUGUUAAAGAAGGACAAAUGCAAAUUCAAAAGUCUGGGCACAAGAUUAUCGAUGAAUAUGUUCUUGUUAUAGAUGAGGCCUUCAAAGAUGCUGCCCAUUGCCUGAGACAAUUGGAAACUAGGUCUUUGAAGGGUGAAGACGAAGAUUCCCUAGAAUCUGUUGCCCUGCUUGAACAGUUUCAAACUAUUUCGUUAAAGUUUCAUGAGAAAACAAACGAUAUCUGGCAGACAUUAAUGGGUGAUGAGUUGCAUUUGUAUGAAAGUAUUAUGGAAUCAACAGCAUUCUUCGAACGAAAUAUUCAAGAAAUGAUAUCUAAGUUUGUGGAACAAGAACAAAUUUUUUUUGCCAAAAUUCGAGAUGUUGCUGUUCACUUCUCGGAAAACCUCAGCGAACUGGUUCAGCAAUACAUUGGUAUUAAAUUAGCCACAGGAUUGUUUAAUGAUGUUCCCGAAGGAUUGAAGAUUUGUUUGGAGGAUAAAGAUGCUUUGAAUAAUUUUGUGGUUGGUAUGAAAGAUCAUCACGUGCAAAAGAUCGAUGAACGUGAAGAUCGUUUAGUUGUGAGAAGUAAAAAUUUCGUUACGGAUUUGAUAAAAGAAUUACAAAAAAACGAGCUGGAAAGAAAUCGUGCUAAAAUUUUAGAAAUCAAUUCUUAUAUUGAACAAAUGACUAAUAAUCUACUAUCGCUUCAGGGAGAAAUUCGUCAAGAGUUACUUAAUAAAAAUAUUCAAUUCACAUAAA